AAAAAUUAUUUCUAGAACUGCCAAAUAUGCUUAAAAGGCGGCAGGAUUGGCCGCUGGCAGCGCCCCGAGCCGCGGCUGCCAAUCACCGGGCAGGAGAGCAGAAUGCAGAGCACUUUGCAAGCACAGGAAACUACACAGACCACAAUGCUUUGCGGUUUAUGGGCGUACGGGGGGGGGGGGGGGCGACAAUGGGCAGGAUAAUGGCUAUUGUAUAAAGUAGCAGAAACAUAAGUAUGUGACGACAGCCCACCCCCCAAAAGAGAUGAGGGAUUUCCAGAAUGUUCUGAGAUCUGAUCGCCGCGGUAACUGAUCAAUAAAGGACUGGAGAUGGGUGUGGCAUGGCAGGGGUUAAAGGUGACAAUAAAGAUAUGCAGGCAUUCGGACGUCAUUUAUUAGACAAAAUAUUACACCUUUAGGCCGUGUGAUAAAAGAUGGCUGCCGGGGUCCGCAAACAUAGCCGAACAGAUGCAGGACAAAGAGGGAGGGCGCAGGAUAAAAAUAUAAAAAGAGGAGCUGGCAUCCCUGCGGUGGGUGCCCGGGGGUGGCAUCACUUAUAGGUAAGAGAUUCACGGCAAGAAUCCUCCGUAACGGGUCGUCCUAAAGACAGGUGAAAGUUGUAUCCAGGGAGAUGCUUUCAGCAGCCGGGGGGUUAACUGCCUGACUUAAUCUGCCUGGCAGAGAGCAGAUUUUGCAGCAGGGCGGGGACAUGAAACAGAUAUUCAGCGUCCCAAAGUGACCUCCCGCGAGAGACGGAAGUUUAACCUUUGCAGUUCCAGAUUCCCCUCCUUCUGCGGUCUUUUCCUGGCCUUCGGGAGGGUGGACCGUGCGCUCACAUCCGCGCCUCGCUCUACGUGUAGAUUUUACUUCCAUCCCGGGACGACAGCAGAAAAGGGUUCUGCAGAACAGAAACUCGCACCGUAGACGGGAGAAUCCAGACCACGGUCCGAAGUAAAAAAAAAGGGCGAGAUCCGGGCGUCCACGCUGUGAAACCGCUCACGUGGUCAAGAAACGUUAAUUAGCGCGGUAAAAAAAAAAAAGUGCCCGCGGGGAUAAUGGAAGAUAACGUCUGGAAUCCCAAAUGUCUUAAACCGGAUCUCCUCUUCCUACAAUGAGAAUUGAAGAUCCCGCGUUACGUGUUUGGCACAUGAGUAACCGGCCAGCAGAGCGCCAUCACACAGGCCAGACAAAGAAAGAAGUUUUUGUGCCCGGGUAAGACGGGAAAUCAGGCUCAGUGGGAGGGGCCGUCGCAAAAAAGACGAAAAACGUUAAGUGGACAAUGAAACAAGGGAUCGUCAGCCAUUUCGCCCGUUGUCAUGACACCGUAAUGAUGGCGUAAAGUUGCGACGGAGACUGUCCGCGGGGAGGGGGAGGAAGGAAAGAGAGGCCACGAAAAAUGCAACACCGCCUUCAGUGUCAUGGCACGGGGCCCAGUACAUCCGCCCACAGCAAGCAGCAUGUAAGAUGGCCGUUACUUCUCGACUGUGCAUGGGGCGAGGACACUUAGGGGUGAUGGGAAGCCACCAACAAGUCCAAGACUCCGGAGGAUUCGCUUCUUUGUGAAAAUUUUGGAAAAAGGAGGAGUGUGGAGAAUAGAUGCGAGAGGCUCCCCCUACAUCAGAACAUGCAUCUAGAAAUCAAGGCUGCUGUCAACUUCCUUGUGAAGAUACUUGGUCUGAAGAAGACGAUGAAGCCGCAUGAACUCGAUGCUCUGGGCAAGCACCUUGUGUGCAUCCUGUGUGACAAAUACCAGGGACACUGGUACCCAGACAUGCCGGCCAGAGGACAAGCCUUCAGGUGUAUCCGCAUUAAUGCCUGGCAAUAUGCUGAUGAGUCCCUGCUUCAAGCCUGUGGAAGAUGUGGAAUAGAGUACACGAGGCUUCCCCUCCCGGAGGAGAUUACCCUCUGGAUUGAUCCCUUUGAUGUUUGUGGAAGGUUUGGAGAACACACGGAUCACUUCACAAUUGCCACAUUCGAGCACUUUGUGGUAACAGCGCCGGUCCUUGACUAUACAGGAACGGAGACGUCAGACUAUUCCUCUGGGGGGCCUUCAUCUGUUGGGUCCACUUCUGAAAGCUCAUCUGAUGAUGAAACCUCUGGAGAAAAGGCCAUUGAUAAAGAUGAACCUGCACCAGAUGAAGCUUUUGACUUUUCCCCAAGGGCUGGGAGUCCAGUGGUUGAGGUGAUGGACUCUGAGAAGAUGAGAUGUUGUACUGGGUCAGAAAUGGAUGAGACAGGAGCCAUGGAGACUAGAGUAUUGCUAGUAGGAAAUGGGAGCUAACAAGGUUUUGUGCUCUGUAGUAUGUUGGUCAUAGCACAGCCCUGUUUAAUUUAAAAAAAAAUUUAAUGCUCUGAGAAUAGACUAAGCUUGAGAAGGUCUAGACAAUUAGGGGAAUGUCUAUAAUGGA